AUGGGCUGCACAGGGUCGCUGUUCAAGAAGGCGCCCAAAGAGGAUGAUGCUCAAGCAUCGGCAGAAGGCUCCGAUGAAGCGGCUAAGAGUGACAAUGCCAGCGCUAAGAAGUCUGCAAAAGGGGGAAAAUCAGCAAAGGGCAAGGGAAAGGAGAAGAAAGAGGAGGCAGCACCUGAAGAGGUGAAAAGUACAGCAAACGGAAAGACGGGCGCCAAUAGCGCCAAAGUGCGUCCGAUGACGCCCACACCGCCACCAGCUAACAACCAAGCUGUGCCCAAGCCGGUGGCGUUUGAUGUUGGACUGGAUGAGCAAGACUCGGGAGCAGAAGCCACCGAGCCCGACGAGAACACGGUCACUUCGGACGGCUCCCGACUACGUUUGCCACGAAAGUUGCCCAAACUUUCCUCGUUGACAGGCAGAAAGGACAGCAUCGGGGAGAGCGGCAACACCACCAUCACCAGUGAGGAGAUUCAGGACAAGCAGCGCAAAGCAGACGCCAAGCGACAGGAGAUUCUGGAGGAGAAGAAGCAGAAAGCUCGAAAGUUUGUGGCUAAGUUUGGCAACAACAGUAAAAGCGCCAGUGUGGCUAGCAGCCAGGAGGAAGAUGAGGACGAUGAGGAGGAGCUGAGUGGUAGUCAGCUGAGUGGCGGAGGCAUGAACGGUCUCGAUUCGGGCCUAGGACUGGACAAGUACGGCCUGGAUGGAGAGGGAAAGACUGACGACGAGCGGACAGCAACAGCCACCGCCGAAGGUGACUAUCGAAGCAAUCGCAUCGACACUGCAUCCAGUGCACCAGUUGUUGUCCAGAAACUAAUGGAUCACUCGCCGAUGUCACAGUCAGCUCCAUAUCAUCUCUCAUAUGCGCAGACAGAUCCUUCAACCAGCAACAAUGCUUUUCAGAAUGGCCCAAGACCUGAAUGCUCUCAGACAGAGGCAGUGCCUUCAUUUGCAGCCAACACGCCUCAAGGACUACAACAAUCGAGUGCAAGUUCAGCUCCAACAGUUGCCACCUCAUCACAAUCAUCCUCAAGUUCACAAGCGGAAGUUUGCCGAAUCUGUGGUGACUUUGCUUCUGGUCGCCACUACAAUGUCUUCUCCUGUGAGGGCUGUAAAGGCUUUUUCCGCCGAACUGUUUUGCAGUCAAUGAAACACCCAAACAGUGAAGUUCAUUAUAACAAUAGCAUUCCAAAUAUUUACAAGUGCAUUGAGGGCAAUCACACCUGUCCUAUCAGUGCGGAUCAAUCGCGUCGACGGUGCUGCAAGUCGUGUCGAUAUGAACGAUGUGUUCUAAAUGGCAUGACAUAUGAAGCCAGUUCACUCGUUGAAAAUGCCACUGCGUAA